AUGUCAAAUGAUCUCCAAUUCCACUGUCAACGCCCGCCACCAUUCAGAAAACAUCAUACCGCAUCAUGGGACGAGUAUACAACAAACAUCUCAGCCCUACCAGAUUCGACACUCCAUCUUGCUCGCUACGAGCAUGAAUUUUACGGUGCGCGAGUAACAACACUCACGGGGUUAGAAGUCAGUCGAGCUUUCAUUGAGGGGAUAAUACAUCGUGCCGGGAAAGAUGUGGCAAAUCGUAGUACCGGAGAAUUGGGAAAGUUGGAAGCAGAAGGAUUAUUAGAACGAAGUAUCGCAAACUUACACGCUACUAUCACAGGAAUAUCAUUCGCUGCGUCUACUGGGUUUCACUUCUCUUCUGUCGCUUUAUCUUCAGCUACGGACAUCUCACAACAGUUACUUGGUACCCUAGAUUCAAUCCUUGGUUCAACCGAUUCUUCAAGGGCCAUAGCAAGCAUCAUCACCUUGAUUCGACGGGAAUUUCAGAACCCCGCCACGGGAGUGGAAGGAGAAAGAGUCAGUGUGGGAGAUCUCUUGUUGGGUAUAUGCGGGUUAGCAUUGUUGCAAAGAUGGUGUCGCAGAUUGACCGACCUCGAGUGUCGAGAAAAUAAAUAUGAGGAGGUGCUUUGGGAUGUGGUCGUCCUCGAUAAUGGACGACGAGCGGAUGUGGUUGGUAUGAUCAAAAGCGAUUCAUAUAGUAAUCAGGAAGACCAUCGAAAACUAUCCUUCAUGAAUACAAGAGGCGAUGAGCUGUUGGAAACGAUUGAAAGAGAAGAGUUAAGCCAGACUGACCCAGUGGAGGAAAAGGCGGAGAGUGUAUUGAGGCAGAGGUUAAUUCAAUCUUUACCCUCCGAUGCUUCUGUUUCUAUCAAAACCUCCACAAUAACGACUACUACAAAGACAAUUACCGUUGAAGUUUCUGGAUUUGGACCUCCCGUUUUUUUACCACCCCCCGGUGUGGAAAUAUUGGAAGAGCAUGCUUUUCAUGUUGAAGCAGACUCGAAUGCUGGGGAUAAACAACCAGAAAUGCCCUUGGUACCGAGGUAUAGAGUUGUAUAUGGCAUUGUGGGAAAUAGGUUACGAAGUACAAGCGUUAUAGAAGAAGAUUUACACCCGAAUAUAGAGGAGGAUACGGAUAUAGAGGAUACGGAUAUUGAUGAUGAUUCCGGUGAUGAUCACGACCACGAAGCUCUCAACAAAGCAAGCCCACCCAAGACAUCCACAACGACUCUUGUAGACGAUCCUUUGUCUACAGAAGACGACAAUCCCCCCAUUAUUGUUCGCCGAAAAAGUUACAGUGGAAAAUCUAAAAUACCCAGGCUCUCCUUACCCAGCACUCCGGACGAGAAGUUUGAAGGGAAUAUGGAAAUUUUGCACUCAGCCUCAGACAACUUGGCAAAGGCAAAUCAAAAGAGGUCAAGGAAGCCCAUUAGCCCAAUGUCACCGGAUGACACUCCUAAACCAGCUUUCCUCAAGCCAAUUUCGAGCAACCGUAUGUCCAAGCGAUCGAAAUUCGAGGAACCAACCACGGAGGAACCGGAUAAAAAAACUUCUUUCCGCCAGGCCUUGAAGCGACGAUCCAAUACUAAAUUAUCAAGUUUAUUCAAUAAAGAUCGAAAUAAGGAGGACAGCAAACCCAAACUUCCACCUCGCCCUCGCCCAACAUGGGGUGACCCCACUCAUGCCUCCAAAGUUAGAUUUAACUCGUCACAUCUAUCAGUCCCUCCGAAACAAUCGAGAAAUGUUGUGGGUUCCCCAAUAAUAUUACGUGGAAACCAGAUCCCCUUGACAUCGAAAAAUCUUGACAGGAUCCAGGCUGAUUUACCUCGCACUCCUUCGAGAACCAAUUGUUACACGAUUCGCGAACAACGAAAAGACUCCAUGGUUUCUCAGACUGAUACUUAUUCAAUCCACUCUUUUGACCAAACACGUUCUCAUUCUCCAACCACGUCGAGGGAUCGAGUCAUGGGGCAAAAUAAUGCUCUGAGGUUGAGAUCAGAGAGGAGUUUGACCCUCGAACAGUCGUUUUCGGCGCCCAAAACCCAUCGCCGCACUCGUUCAAAUGAGGAGAGUAUAUUCACGUUGCAUACAAAUAAUUCGGAGAUUUGUCUGAUUCCAAAUUCUGGAACCGAAAAAGCAGGUUUUGAAAGUAGAGAAGCAUUUGAUCGUCUAAUGCGUACUGGUACAAUCGAUGGCACAUUUCCAAAACGGCAUAUCGUACAAAACGUAACUCGUUUUGUCAGGUUCGCAUCAGCUUCUUACGGUUCUAACUUUCUUCGAGUAAUGGGAAUCUCGGAUCCUGAUGCAAGGAAAGAGCUUGAUGCAAUACAUCACCUUGAACAUCAAUCAUUUUCCUCUCAUACGCAACUACCCGCCGACACUAUUCUUCUCUCUUCAUUCGUUGAUCCUCAGGGUGGGACUGACUCCAGUGGAUUGACAAAUACAGGUGUUCCUAUGGUUCAUUAUGUAUCGCUUGACCAUCAAUCGCAGGCUGUAGUCCUCACAUGUCGUGGUACCCUUGGCUUUGAAGAUGUUCUAGCUGAUAUGACCUGUGAUUAUGAUGAGCUUGUCUGGCGCGGUAAAGGAUACAAGGUUCACAAGGGAAUUCAUGCCUCUGCUCGUAGACUUCUUCAAGGUGGUGGAGGUCGUGUUAUGGCUACAAUUAAAGCAGCACUGGAGGAGUUCCCUGACUACGGGUUGGUUAUGUGUGGGCAUUCUUUGGGUGGUGGCGUAAGUACUUUGUUGGCCAUCAUGGUUUCCGAACCUGCUAGCUAUGGUACAUCUUUCGUUACUUCUUACAACCCCGAUCAUUCAUCCACAUCCGAAAACGCUACAAGCAGCUACUUUCAUAUGCUGCACCUCCCACCAGGUCGACCAAUCCAUGUCUAUGCCUAUGGUCCGCCCGCAACCCUUUCUCCGUCCCUUCGAUCUGCAACCAGAGGCCUCAUAACAACAGUAGUCAAUGGUAAUGAUCUUGUCCCUCGCCUCUCCCUUGGUCUGCUUCACGACCUUCAAGCUGUAGCACUCGCAUUUAAGAGCGACAAUUCUGGUGCGAAAGGCGAGGUAAAGAGAAGAGUCUGGGCAGGCAUGAGUAAUUCAUUUUCAGAAAGAUGGUAUGGACGAUCUGGUCAUGGGAAUGAUGAAGAAGAGGAGGAUAAAUGGGCAUAUGCUGCACUCAAAGCGCUCCGAGCUUGUAUGUUGAGUAGUAAGCUGGUGCCACCUGGAGAGGUUUUCGUGGUUGAGAGCAUGGCUGUCUUGAAACGAGAUGCUUUUUCAGGGAAGGGUGGCAUGACCGAUGGGCAAAAUAGUAGAGGGGAAGGUGGGCUAGGCAAACCAGCAACUAGAAGCGUGUUGAAGUACGUGAGAGAUGUUGAGAAGAGAUUCGGGGAAGUGAGAUUUGGUGGUAGUAUGUUGUUGGAUCAUAGUCCGGGUAGAUAUGAAAAUAGUUUGAGGGCAUUAGGAAAGGGUGUUUUAGGGAAUCAAUGA